AUGGUCAAGAAAAAGGAAGAAAAGUUCAACACAAUUAAACUUGAGGUACUUGCAAGAGAGGAGAAUCUCAAAUUGUUCUUCGGUGAUGGAAAUAAAAAGUACAUCCGUUAUUGUAAGCUCUUGGUAGAUGCUGCACCAAUGGUCUUAAAAGAAUUUCUGCUUGACCGCUUAAAGAGUCAAAGUCAAAAAGUCCCGGAAUUCCUUAUGCAAUACAAAGUUCUUUUGAUGGAUAAAUUAAAUAUCCAGGGUGCCUUUUUACAACUGUUUAGAAUGCAAGAAGACGGUACAGCUGAUGCAAACCCGGACAUAGAUUCCUGGGACAUGUGUGUCGUAGCAGAAAUACUUUUGAUUGUGUUUGGAAGUAGCUUGAAUAGAAAAGUGCGACGAUAUAUUGAGAAUUUAAAGAAAGCAAAAGAAUCAUAUGCGGCUGUCGCCAUUGAGGCAUCGAAUAGAGAGAAAUUAGAUUAUUGUUGUGAGGAUUUAGUUCAUAAUUUAAGAUCACUAGCGGGAGUUAUCAAUGAGGAUGUUGAAGAUGAAGUCGAGCACCUUAUUGAUAUAUAUCGCAGCGAUAUAUAUUCUGAUAUUGAUCUAACAGAUUUAUUGGAAAAGCUGAAAGGUCUUGAAAUUAUCAGUAUUGCAGAGAAGUAUAAAGCAAGUGUCGAUGAUCUUAUAGAAAAGCUCGAGGAAGAUGACUCUCAGGAAAACUUACAAUAUAUUGUUGAAUUGAAAGUCCACAUUAUAUGCGACAAAUACUAUAAGAGUAUGGCAGAGCAAACGAUAAUAGAUCACUUCGACUCCUCAAGGUCAGAUGAAGAAAACAAAAUUCAGGCUCUCAAUGAAAUAAAGAAGACCAUAAAUGGAUUUCCAGGGACAUCUGUUAUAGGUGCAAGAAAGGAGAGCGUUGUUUUAACAAUUCGAUGUCAAUCGAAUCAAAUUCUUCUUCAAAUUAUUAACUAUAUUCACGGGAAAGAAUUUCAAGAACAUUUGAAAAACUUCAAGGCAGAACUUGAAGACAUUUUCGACGACUUCUUUUGCGUGAUGGGCUACUUAACUCUGGAAACUCUGGAACGUCUGCUAGAUCCACUCUCCGGACAGUUAAAGAAGCCGUCUGAAGAUGGAGUCGUUUUGUCAUUAGCAAGCACUUCACAGGAAGGUAUGACACAAGUAUUACAAUUCUUAGGGAGUGAACAUGCUGCAAAUUGUUUCAACAGGGUGUCAGAGGGUCUUACUCGCAGCAAUCUAAAACGACAUAGAGACGAAGAUUUGAAUAUUGAGUUACAAACAGAGAGAAAACGUGUACAAGAAAUCGAUAAACACCGAAGAGAGAAUCCUGAUUUAAGAAGAACUAAAGAACAGGAACUGAGGCGAAGGUCUGAACAAGAUUUUAGAAACACCACUGCCGGUCUUGAGCCUAACGUACAAACGCUUGAAAGAAGAAAUAUGACUCUUGAAACACAACUACAAGAAGCGGUAAAUUAUCAGAGACAUAGAGCUGAGUCAGAUGCUGAAAGAAUUCAUACCUUAAGGGAAGAGAUAGCAACGUCAAGGCGGGAACUUGAGCAGGAAAAAGUUAAUAGAAGAAUUGAUUGUCAACGGCUUCAAAAUGAGUUGACAGUAAGAGAGAAAAGUCUAAGGGAAGAACAGGAACUGAGGCGAAGGUCUGAACAAGAUUUUAGAAACACCACUGCCGGUCUUGAGCCUAACGUACAAACGCUUGAAAGAAGAAAUAUGACUCUUGAAACACAACUACAAGAAGCGGUAAAUUAUCAGAGACAUAGGGCUGAGUCAGAUGCUGAAAGAAUUCAUACUUUAAGGGAAGAGAUAGCAACGUCAAGGCGGGAACUUGAGCAGGAAAAAGUUAAUAGAAGAAUUGAUUGUCAACGGCUUCAAAAUGAGUUGACAGUAAGAGAGAAAAGUCUAAGGGAAGAACAGGAACUGAGGCGAAGGUCUGAACAAGAUUUUAGAAACACCAUUGCCGGGCUUGAGUCCAACGUACAGACGCUUGAGAGAAGAAUUAUGACUCUUGAAACACACAUACAAGAAGCGGGAAGUAGUCAGAGACAUAGAGCUGAGUCAGAUGCUGAAAGAAUUCAUACCUUAAGGGAAGAGAUAGCAACGUCAAGGCGGGAACUUGAGCAGGAAAAAGUUAAUAGAAGAAUUGAUUGUCAACGGCUUCAAAAUGAGUUGACAGUAAGAGAGAAAAGUCUAAGGGAAGAACAGGAACUGAGGCGAAGGUCAAAACAAGAUUUUAGAAACACCAUUGCCGGUCUUGAGUCCAACGUACAAACGCUUGAAAGAAGAAUUAUGACUCUUAAAACACACAAACAAGAAGCGGGAAAUAAUCAGAGACAGAGAGCUGAGUCAGAUGCUGAAAGAAUUCAUACCUUAAGGGAAGAGAUAGCAACGACAAGGCGGGAACUUGAGCAGGAAAAGAUUAAUAGAAGAAUUGAUUGUCAACGGCUUCAAAAUGAGUUGACAGUAAGAGAGAAAAGUCUAAGGGAAAAAAGUCGAAUCCUUAAAGAACGCUUGAACGACAACAAAUGA